UGCCGUGAUACAGCUAUUGGAUUUUUCGUUUAGAACAGAACUGCUGCGGGCUAUUUAAAUAAGCGGCUGAGAUACGGUCAUGUUCAUUCUUAGAGAAGCAAUGUUCGGGGAUCUAAAGUUUAAAAUAGUUACUAAAGCUAAUGAAAAUAAGACAGAAAUAACUGAGGAUGAAUAUUUAUUAAACUUAGGAAUAAAUAAAAAAUGUAAUGAGUUAUAAAUUGUAUUAUUGUAUUAUUAAUAUAAUUAUCAGUCGUCAUCUGUGACAUUUGUGAUGUGUGAUUAAUAUAAGCUUGUGCAAUUAUUUUAUAGUGACUGUAAAUGCUGAAACUGAGUAACAUAUUGUAACUAAGAAGGAGAAGUUAAUAAUAAUAAAAAGCAAAUCGGGUUUCAAGACAAAAGACAAGAGGCGGUCCGUCCUGCACGUUUAAAUUGAAAUCAUAUUCUUCAAAUUGAAACAGGCGACGGUUUUCAUUAGAUGCUACAAGACCUUACGGUUUGCUUAGUAUGAGACAAGGGACGGACUAUCCUGCAUGUGUCCAUUUGAUAUGAUCUAUACUCUUCAAGUUGACACAGAUGAAGAUACCGGUUUGAUGCUACAAUAGCCUACGGUUCGUCUAGUGUAUCAAACUACAACACACGAGCUAGAAUAUUUUACAUAUGGUACAGAGGUAUAGCGAAGACAGAACCAUCCAUGAAACAUUAAAAUAGCAAAGGAAUACAUUCUCAAGACAUCAAAAUGACGUCUGAAGAUUUACCUGUAACGUUGCAGCCAAAUACAACGAUGGUAGUUGGAUAUGAACUGGUGUGUUACUAUGACAACCAAUCAGCAUCGGGAAAUAAUACAACAGGAAUAGGGGCAGAACCACGGGAGUUACCAUUUCAUCAAAUCUUUAUGAUAACUUCUUACGUUUUCAUAUGCUUAUGUGGUCUGGCUGGUAACGGAUUGGUUAUUUACGUAGUGCUACGUUUUUCAAAGAUGAAAACAGUGACAAAUUUGUACAUAUUAAAUCUAGCCAUCUCCGAUGUGCUGUUUUUGUUAAGCCUGCCCUUUCUGAUAACAACAACUAUUCUGGAAUAUUGGAUAUUCGGCAGAGCUAUGUGCAAGAUAUAUUUUGUGUUUUUCUCUAUCAAUUUCUUCACAAGUGUGUUUACACUUACAGCCAUGUCUGCUGACCGAUAUCUCGCGGUUUGUCAUCCAGUCCGAUCAGUGCACUACAGAACAACGAGAAUUGCUUUCUUCGUGUGUCUCAGCAUAUGGUCUAUAUCGUUUUUUGUGAUGCUGCCUAUCAUUCUUUAUUCCACAACAGUUCCAAACUUGAAAUACGCUGAUAAAGAUACAUGCACAAUACACUGGCCUGACGACCAGCCAAUACCUGGCGAUAAGGCUUUUACAUGGUACACCUUCCUUUUAGGAUUUCUAAUUCCAGUGGCUUUGAUAUCGGUGUUUUAUAUAUCCGUCGUCUUGCGACUGAAAAGUGUCGGUCCGAGAAAGAAAUCUAAAGAAAGAAAAAAGUCAAACAGAAAGGUCACUCGAAUGGUUCUAGCUAUGAUAUCUGUGUACGUUAUUUGCUGGUUACCAUACUGGUGUUUCCAAGGAAAUCUUACAUUUAAACCAACCGGUACCAAAGUGCCAAAAUGGCAAAUAUAUAUGUUCAGCGCCUUUACUGUGUUAUCGUUUGCCAAUAGUAUGAUCAACCCCAUUUUGUACGCGUUUUUAAGUGAAGUCUUCAGAAAAAGCUUCUUGAAAGCUUUCAACUGCGUAAAGUUCAUUGAAUCAUCCCGUAGUCACACAGCGGAUAAUAGUAUAUUUCCACGGUCCACGACGAGAAAGGAAAAUGGAAAGGACGAAAAAUAUGAGUUCACAUCAAUGGUGAACCAAACGGAAAACACGUGUAUGCACACGAAUAAUGCGUUCCAGCUGAACAACAUUGAUGUGCACAAGUAUGAACCAAAUGCUAACGAAGAACAACUUUUGGAAACUGAUAUACAGUACGUAGAUAAAGAGAUUCAAACCAAACACGGUCAAGAGGAAUAAUAGUUGUUGGUUAAAUAAGAUAGGAAGUAUAUGUUCAGUCCAAAUUACUCGCUGAUGGGUUGGGGAAUGAAAACUCUAACUUGAUGUUGCUGUGACAGACAGUUAAUAUUUUGUUUUGUGCGGUAUUGUUAAUCUGUUGUCGGAAAUAAUGUAAGAAGUGACACUGAUCCUUGAGGCGUAUAGUAGACUCGGCAAACAUCAUUCUGUUUGGUAAUAAUGUUCUUUAACUUCUAGGCAAAAUUCACGUUCUGAUCUAAUUGUUCCGAGACAUAUUUGAUAAAACUUCCGGAGAAUUGUAAUGACACAACUGUUUUCUUUAAUUUGUAAUUGUUUCAUCAACUGUGUAAAUAUAUGAGGCAAAUGAUGAUAUUUGUUUAAGGAAAACCGAAAUGAAGUUUGCCAGAAUUAUUCCAUUUAUAUCAUGUGCUUAGUGUUUUAUUGUGCAGCUGUCAUCGGUAGACAAGUCGGAAUCCCAUCAUUUCUGUAAAUAGUCAUUUGUUGGCGUGAAUGUAAGAUAUUUUCGUAGUUAUUGAAUAAGACUGUCAGAAACUUGUAAACUUGUAAAUUAAUCAUGAAAAUGUAUGGUUUUGUCCCUCUUUUAGAUCGUGUCUUGGUAUUUAUCUACGUUAGACGAUUAAGUCAGAUUAUCUUCCCUAUUUGUUACAAUUGCCGAUCACACAAUACGGAGAAGAUAGAGGACCUAUCUAAUAGGUUGUUAAAAUGCACGCUUAUAGAAGUUGUUGCAUCAAAAGAAUGGCUAGACAGAAUGAUAAAAAUAUCCACAGACGCUUGGCAGUCAAUACUUUCCAGUCCAAAGUAAACUUAUUUUUUUAACAAAUGAAUACAAGUAUGAUUUUCUUGUAAUAAUUGAUAAAUGCUCGGAAGGA